UUYAGAAUUUGUAUAUCUCAUAAAACUACAUAAGGGUUAUGAAUUUGGUUGGAAAAACUCGSGCAGAAAUAAAGAUAUGAACGCGGCUCAAAAAUGAGCCCAAAAUAUGACCUACAUAGAAUAAACAGCCGUAUAUAAAUAAAUAUACAACCGAUUGCCAUGAUCUUGCGUUAUGUUGUACAUCAAUUURUCAAAAUUAGUGUGUGUAAAUUUCAGUUCUAUACCUUUCCAAUCAAAAGAAUUACAAUAUUUUUACUGGAGAUGAGUAAUAGCUAAAAUUGUGCGGCCUGUUAAUAAAAUCACGAAAAGUUAAUUUUCUUCAAAACGGCUCCAGAGAUUUCUCUUAUUCCCCUUGUACUAAUAGCUCAAUCCUUUAUCUAAUAGUUGCUGUAAUUUUUAUAGGCUUUGCGUUCCAAUCUUGUUAGAAAAUAUUUUUUAUUUCUGGUGUACACCGAAUGCUGGUCCUCGCUUGAUAUAAUUUAUGCGACAUUGGCAAGUCACACAAGCUCGAAAUACCGUCCAUGUUUUAUAGCCUGACUUUUAUGCAAAUUAUAGCUAAAACGUAAACUUUGGCGCGGCAGAACUUAAACGUGAAGUUAUAUCCAUAAUCACUGAAGGGCCUUUGCUUGACGUAUCCGGAAAACGACGAAGAACCCCAUUAAAGCUGUCGUAAAAUCGUCAUAAAUAAUGCCAAAGACUGAAAAGUAAUGGGUGUAUUGGGCGAGAUAAAAGACAAAGUACAAAUUUCGUAGAAGUUUGAUAUGCAUGCUAUAUGUACCGCUCCCACCCCAUCCACCCUAAAAUAUUUUUUUGGCUAUCGGUGUUUGAAAUAUACAUUCAUCAGGCAGUGUUUAGUAUUCGCCGAGCUGUAAACCCGGAUGCAUUCCAAUAUGUUCAGAUCAAAAAAUCUGGAAACAUCAAAAAGUGUUCCAAAUGCAGGGGGCAUUUCAGAGCAAUAAUAGAACAUCUUGUGCAUGAAAAAUGCCUACCAUAAGAACAAUUUUUCUAACAUUUUUUCACAAAUUUGCUCUCCCCGAGUUCCGUGAUACGUAAAAUACAGUCCGCUUGAGCCAAUCAGAUUGCACUAAAUUACACCGUCAUAUGAUAAUAAUAAAUGAUAUCACCAUUGUACGAUAUGCUAGUGAGAAAGGAAAGACGUACAAUGGCUGAGUCGAAGAAAAACCGGCGAGAUGAAACUCAAGAGCUGACUGAGCUUACAGAGGAAGGCAAGGACAAGAAAAAUGAUGAGCUUCAAGACCUGAUAAAACUUAUAAAGGACGACAAGGAUAUCGAGAUGAUCAAAAAAAGUGUUACACCAUCACGUUUAGAGAAAUUGGCUGAAAAGUGCCAACUUAAUCUUUUGGAAUUGUCCCUAAUGGUGAGCAGUCAUCUUAAACAAUCAUCAGCAGACGGUCCGCACCACAAAGAACUAGAGAAUCUUGGUAGCAGUGUUGAAGAGUACGCUAGAGAUCUUCUCAAGUAUCCGUUUAUACAGAGGAUCAGUAAAAAACGCGAAUUUAUUAAUGAUUGCAUUGAACGCAUCACGUAUUCUGCAAUCCAUUAUAAAAGCAAAAAGGUACGAGUAUUAUCUAGCAAUGAAGAAAUACUUUCGAGGUGUUUAUUGUCCUACAAUAUGAUAGCAAGUUUCGUUUCACAGUUUCUUUCAGGCCAAACAACACAAAAUUAUUUGAAGAAGCUAUGGAUGAGCAACGAAGAGAGUGAGGGAUCGGUUAAAUGGAUUCUGCUCAACCUGUUUGCUUUAUUUGAAKUUGUUUUCUUUCCAUUGAUAUUUGUGGCGUACGCGUAUGGGAUCAUCAAAGGUCUAAGGGAAAAUGAUCAAAGUAUCUUAGGGCGAUACACAAAACGCUUUCACAUCCCAUAUUUCGUAUUUGUUCGAGACACCCUGAGCUAUGUAGCAUUACUUAUGCUUCAUAUUGCUGUGUGUGUACAGCCGUCAGGUCUACGAUUAAGUGUUCUGGAAUGGUUCAUCAUGGUGUUCUUUAUUGGAAGGUUUAUGCAGGAAAUCGAUCAAUUCAUAACAGAAAGAGAUGAAAUACACGAUCUAAAGACGAACUACUCGAAUGACUUUUGGAACAAACUUGAUGUGGUUACUAUAGUGCUGUACAUGAUCACUUUCAUUUCCCGCCUUGUAACGUGGUCAGUGACGUCACAGCUCAUUGCUAAUGACUGGCUCGUCGUUUCAUCCUAUUUGUAUGGUAUUAACGCCGCUUUGCUAAGUCUGAGGGUCUUUGGACAAACAAUGGAAGUAAAAAAAACAACUGGGACAAAACAAAUUGCCUUACUGCGAAUAAUCAGUGCAGUGCUUGUGAUCUUCGUACAGAUGGUUGCAGCCAUUUUAGGAUUCUCUUUGAUUCUUACAAAAAUCUACAUCAGCGAGAUUUCAUACGUGGGGAAUACAACAACUCAUGGAGUUUGCUUAUCAUCUGAUGGAAUCGAUUGUUGGUGGCAUUUGUUUGAGUUCCUUGCAUGGUCUACCGUUGGUUCUAGCGAUCCAGAUUUGCUAACAUUGACAACUGGUGUAUCAAACUAUUUCAGCAAAAUCUUUUACAUGUUGUUUCUAAUCGUUGCUGCUGUGAUGAUCAUGAACAUGUUGAUCGCCCUUUUAUCAAACACAUAUCAAUUGGUUGAGGAAAAUGCACAUGCAGAGUGGUGUUACAGAAAGGCGUGUAUGAUCAAGACAUACUGCAAUUAUCACCCGGUACCAGUUCCUUUCAACAUCAUUACCCUGUCCAUCAAGCUGUUUGUGUUACUUCUUUCAAGAAUCAACUGUAGACUUAAAUGCGUGGAGGUGUUUAAGCAUUGGAAAGGCGGACGAAAAAAGAGUCAAGAUGUUGCCAAAAAAAAUUUGAUCAAAAUUGGCAUGCUGCUCAAUGCAGAAUAUUUAGCUGAGUUUGGGAAUGGUUUUCCUCUUCAAGAAUCAAAAGAAGAAAAGAUACUAAAAAGAAAUGAACGGUUUCUGAGGCAUAUUGUCAGAGAAAAUUAUUCAGAGGAAACUAAAUUAAGCAAAAAAUCUGAAUGGGAUGUCGUUGACAAAACGCGACCAGUGUUGGUGGAAAAUCAGAGAUUGUAUAUCCUGAAAUGCGAUGAAUGCAAUAACGAUAACAAGACUGACAAAAACCAUUAUUGCACUCAUUCGGUUCGUUAUAAAGAUAAAUUGUCGAAGGAGACUCCAGGAUUUGAGGUCCUCAUCGAAUCCGCACGUAAACGCUAUAUUGCAAUAGGACUAACCAGCGAGUACUAUGGAAAUUAUUUCCCAGGAUGGUUUGGAAAUAGCGUUGGAUACCACGCUGAUACCGGUGCAAUCCAUGACGAGAAAAAUCGUGACUAUGGAGAACGGCCUGAUGAUUCCAUUCCAGCAAUUGGUCCAUUCGCAUACUCUGGUGAUAUGAUGGGCUGCAGAGUAUUGUUUGACGAGCCGGCAACGGAUGAUGGGUAUUUAGUAGAAUUCACCCGUAACAGACGAAUGGUUGGAAAAGCUCGCGCAAAACCUGAAAACCUCCAUCCUUUUGUGGCAAUGGGUCAUCCAGAGAUCAAAUUGCUAGCCAGGUUUGUAAAGGAAGUCGAAUCAGUUGACAAGAACAACGAUGAAUCGUCAAAUCAAAGGGAGAUCAAUCGUUUGUUGAGGGAGGAAAUAGAAGCAAUUAAAGAAAUUUGUCAAGAGACCAAACAAAUUUGUGAACACCUCCAACGACAAAACGCAGCAAUGUAACACUUGUAUGAUAGAGACAGUGAUAAAAGGAAAAUAGAAUAUGACAGAGGCAUGGUGGAUCGGGUUCUUUGGUUAAACUUACAAGGAAUUGGCAGUACAAGGGUUCUACUACUAACCCGACAAGGAGAUCAGUCACAGCAAGGGACACCAGUAAGGUUCAGGUAUUCAGUGCAAUAUGCCAUGACAUCAAGUCGAGAGUUGUUAUUGGCUGAAGAGUUGGUGUUGUUACUAGCUGACGUCAUGUUGGUCUUAAAUGCGUCCAGAAGAGUUUGCUGUUAAAAAGAACAGAAGUCUAUAUAACGAGUCCGUUAUUCAUUAUUAAUGAUACGGGGAGUUUUGAUUGUAUAAGUGAUAAGGGCCAUAUAACCAGGGUCUAAAAAGUCGAAUAUUUCUAGACGCUCUACCCUUCUCUUGGUGAUUUCCAGUAGGGCAAAUACUCACAAAAACUUUAAAUGUUAAAAAUGUUUAACGUCUGUAAUUUUCGAGUAGCAAGGAUCUCUACUACGCAAUGUAGCAAAAUAGUAAUAAUAUUAAAAGUGUUUUUUUCCAAAAAUUGUAAAAAUGAUGUCGUCAACAAAGAUGGUGAGUUGAAUUGCGUGAAAUUACAGUUAAGGAUCAAGAAGAUCAUAAAAAGGGGGCCGGCUAACACAAGAAAAAAACUGAAUCGAUACAUUUAAGGGCUGCGGAAAAUGCAAUUGCAUUCAGGUAUCGUUCAGAUUUCUUUAUUGUUUUUUUUAUUGGGAAGGAUCCGCCCUUGAAUUGUUAUAUAUUUUCUCCAUCACUAGUGUUUCAAAGCUGGGAUCGAAAACUUGGCGCCUACAUGCUUAAAAGCUAGUUUCAUUUCGGUAUGUGAACUUAUGUUCUUUAUCAAUUAAGAUCUUCUUUAUGUUUUUUUUAAUGUUUAGAUUUGUACACCAGGAGUCGAGGUAAACAUAUGUUAUUGUUGUACGUACAUGUGGGACUAUGAUAUUCUUCCUGCAAGUCAAACCCGAUGGAAAACAGGCCAGGAAUGCAGCCGAUUAGCAAUAUUUUUCAAUGAGCAAAGGCUCAGAAUGAUCAAUUUCGGAGAGAGUGGUCUAAAAUGGAUAUUUUAAUAGAAACAGAAUUUGAGAAAAAGCCUCUAUAUGAUUCAAGGCAAACUCUUUUUGUUUCAUUUCAUCCAUCCAUUUUCAAAGUUUUGAUCAGAUAUAUUAGGGUGAUGAAGCGAAAACUUAAAAGCAAUCAGAUAAUCGGAUAAAAUCACAAUGACCUAAACACCUUAUAAGGAUAURCCCGCCAUCUUGGGAUUUCCCUUCGGAUUAAAGUUUCAUAGAAUGACUUUCAAUUAUUAAUCUUACUCUUCAAAAUGGGAAACAUAUCUUUAAUCUAAAUACAUAAUAUUGAAAAGCAAUGAUUAAUAGCUUAAAGCAAAAAUUAUCAUAUAAGUAAUUUUUUGAUGUAAUCAAAUAUGGAAGAGAGCGCCCCUUGGGCAUUCGGUAUUCAAGAUGGCGGACGCAUCAAUCAAACCUGUAUGUUCAAUAAUGUACUUCUAUCGAUAAAGUAGGUGUUUACCUGUUAAGAGUUUCCAAUCUUCCUGAGUUCCUCACAAAUUGUCCAAUUUAGCUAUAGAAAUAAUAGCCUAGAGUUGUCAUGGCAAUGGCAUUGCUUCCUGUAGAUAUUAAUAAGUGAAAGGAGAAGAAUUACGCGCCGUCAUUAUCAGGCGAUAGAAGGUCGGAAGUGAGUCUUUGCUUGCCUCACUUACCGGAUUACAGAGACUUUGUGUAGGUAUUAAUAGCUCUUUUUGUUAUUUUUCAACAGUUUUCUACUCACAAUAAAAGAGUUUAAUAUAUCAUUUCUUUUAAAGAGUGUUGUUCAGUCUUUUCUGAUAUUUGUUUUCGUGUGUUUUAACACAAAAAGCCAAAUGUGUUUGAACUUGUAAUUGAGCCAAAUGAUACUUGAUCUACGUGGACGUCAGCGAAAUCGUAACUGCGUAUGUACUGAACACCUCGGGCUCAGAACCUUUUAGGCAAGGAAUACUGUCUCUAACGAGAUAUGAUAGCACACGACAAAUGUUAAAAACUGCAAGAGAUAAGGAAGGAAAUAAACGAGGAAGAAUUAAAUGAACUAGAGAUGGAAAGAGGAGAUAUGUAUAAAAAAAAAGAGAAAAAGGAGAAAAGUCACUGGAGAAGGCAUGGGAAAAAAGGCGACAAAAGAACUUGCAAACAACAUUAAAUGGUGAAAGAUUCGAUAAGGCAGAAACUGUGGAACGAAAAGCGAAAUUCUUGGAGAAUGAACCACUUAUUUUCAAAACGGUAAUUUAUGGACAAAAAAAGCAAAGCUUUUGAAUUUUAGAAGUUACAGUAUUUUUCUCACUGAAUAAUGUUGAUAUCAACAAUAAAUCGAGCAAAAUCUGCAUGAACUAUAACCCUGCUAAAAUUAUUGAAAACGAACAAAGAUUAAAAAUCAAAUUGCAUUUAAAGACAGAGAAUUGACAACGCAAACAAUCAAAAGCAACCACAUCCAAUGUAAAAUAACUUCACGAAAGAAAAAGAGAAUUAAACCAUGACAAGAGAUAACAAUAAAAUAAACAAAGCAAAAUAUUUCUGAAUUAGAACUGAGUCAAAUUGGAUUAAAAACAAAAUAAAACAAAAAAAAAUUCCGAAAAAAAGCAAAAAGGAAAAAAGCAAAACAACAACAGAUUAAACAGCAACUCAAAAGAAACUACGAAGGACGUGGAACAUGGAGGAAGAAGAUAUCAAAUAGCACUGAAAAUGCAACACAAGAAAAGAAUGGAAAACAACACAGCAUCAUAGCAUGAGGAACUUUGAUAAACAAACAAACAAACACAAAACAAUGAACACAGCGAGAAGAAUGAUACCAAGAACGAAAAAAACAUGUACAUUAGCAAAAUUAGAGUAAGAUGACAAGCGAUUAGAAUACAACAGACAUCUUGUCACUGUAUAUUUUGUUCAGACAAUUCUUAGUAAAAGCUUUGACCACUGUUAAUUCUUAUGUGCUAUCAAAGGUCAUUACCGUGAGAUAUCGUGUGAAGUCCUGGUGAUUUCGCAUAAAAAACCGCUGCAAAUUUGAGCUAUUAUUUUCAUUCACUUUUUAAGGAUUGUGGUACUUAUUUGACCGCUAAUCCUUUGAUACCUUACUGUAAUACAAUCACUAGACAAUGGGUUGGAGGUCUUAUUCCAAAAACAGCUUUUUGAAAUGGGUGUCUAACUAAAACUGCUAUCUUUGGGUAAUAAAUAAGCCAUCACAAAAAUUAUUAUCACUGAAUCUUGAAGAGUAGAGUAACUAUAUCCGGGUUUUCAAAAAAUACGUCAAAAAAUUAUUUAAGUACUACACAGUGGUGUUCAAAAAGAAUGUGGACCUCUAGAUCCGUGAACAGAAUAUCACUAAUUACUAAAAAGUGUUAAUAAGACAAGAGAAAAAGGAAUUACAUUCAUUUCGUACUAAAUUCACCGAUUAAAUGCGCCUGCUCUAAAAGCACAAAAUACAGUCAUUAAAUCCGUGAACAGGCACUAACUGUUAUUAAGGUGUGAUAGUCAAAUAGAAACAAAAGAAAACAACGAAAUUAAACUAAAUUAAUUAAUUUUUUGACUUCACUGUAGCUAACUAAUAAAUGAGUGUUAAAGACGCAAUUCACUUAAAGUGCGCUCAAAAAAUCUGUGAAAUAUAUAUUA